AUGGGUAUUUCUAAGAGAGAAAAAGAAUUAUUAAAUGUUAUAGAAAAAUUAAAAAAAGAAAAUCAAGAAUUAAAAUCAAAACUUUCAACAAGAGAAAAAUUAAAUAAUAAAAAAAACAAUAAUAAUAAAGAGAUUAUCAUAGAAGAAGAGGUUGAAAAUGAAAAUGAAAACGAAAAUGGUAGUCAAAAUAUGGAUUGUGGUUUAGAAAAAGAAAAAGAUAUAGAUACAAUAAUGAAAGAAUUAGAAACUAAAAAAUAUAAAACAAUAGCAAAAAUCGCAAAAACAAAGUAUGGUGUUCAACAAUUGGGUGGUAAAAAAUUAGAUAUUUUAGAAAGAAUUAGAGAAUCUAUUAAAUUGAAAACAACAACAACAACAACAACAACAACAACAACAACAACAACAACAACAACAGAGAAGAAUCAACAACAACAACAAAAACAACAACUAAUGAGUGAUGGUGAAAGAUUAUUUUGGAAAAUUUUUAGAAAUAAAUAUUUAAAUAGACAAAUUAUAAAUAAAUUAUGUACAGGUAAACAUUCAUUAAGAUAUGAUGAAGUUUUUAAUGUUAGUCGCAUGAUUGAAUGUAAUGAAAUUGAAUUGUUAAAAGACAAAGUUUAUAGAAAUCAAUAUUUAACAGGUUUUGAAAAAUCAUUAUCAGAUUUAUUUUCAGCAAUUAAAGAUGAUAAAAAAUUCUAUACAAGCUUUUUUAAAUUUUAUCCAAAGAUAUCAUUAUUCAGUAUUGAUUAUACUGUUGAAAAUAUUUUAAAAUCUGAUUGCAUUGGUGCAUUAAAAUCAUUAGUUGAAGAAAAUAAUUAUAAACCAACUACCGAUAAUAUUAUUCAAUCAAUCGAAGAUGGUAGUUAUAAAACAUUUAAAUAUAUGAUGAAUCUUUUUGAAAAUUCAAAUAAUAAUGAAAAUAAUAAUAAUAAUAAUAAAAAUAAUAGUAAUAAUACCAAUAAAAAUAGUAUAGAUAAAUUUAAAUUACCAUUCACAGAAAAUGAAUUUUGGAAAUCAAUAUUUGGAUACUGUUUUAGAAAACGUGCUAAAUUCAUUAACUUUAUGAUUAACAGAUACCAUAUAAAACCAGCAGCUGUGACACCACUUAGAUUUGAAAAAAUUUCAAAAUUUUGUCCAAUCCAAGAAUCAUUACUUAUUAAAGAUUUAAUAAAUAUAUGUGAAUCUAUGAUUCAUUUAAAAGUAAAACCAAAAGGUUUUUAUCAAAAUAUUAUUUUUAAAAAAUUAAAAAAGAAAGGUGAUAGUAAAAGUAAAAGUAAAAAUGAUAGUAGUAGUGAUAGCGAAAGUGAAAGUGAAAGUGAAAGUGAAAGUGAAAGUGAAAGUGAAAGUGAAAAUGAAAAUGAAAAAGAAAAAAAAGAAAAAAAAGAAAAAAAAGAUAAUGAUAGUAGCAGUGGUAGUAGUGAUAGUGACAGUGAUAGUAGUGAAAGCGAAAGAGAAAAAGAAGAAAAGGAAGAAAAAAAAGAUAAUCAUGAUAAUAGUGAAAGUGAUAGUAGUAGUGAAAGCGAAAGUGAAUUUGAAAGAAAAAGAGAAAAAAAAGAAAAAAAAGAAAAAAAAGAAAAAAAAGAAAAAAAAGAAAAAAAAGAUAGUAAUGGUGGUGGUUGUAAUAAAAAAAUUAAAAGAAAGAUUACACCUAUAUUUCCAAGUUUAAAAGAAUUUAAAGAAACAAUUGAAUCAAUAACUAAAAUUGAAAGAAAUCAAAAGAUAUUUGAUUUUGUUUAUUAUCAAUAUAAUAGUGAUAAUAAAAAUAAAUUAAAAUCAAUUUUAAAAUUAUUAGGAUUGUUUUAUGGCCAUAGUUUUUUUGAAGGAAAUGAAUUUUAUUCAUUGUUAGCAGGUGAAAAAGUAAAUAUAUCACGUAAUAUAAAACAUUCAGAUUUAUUAUUGCAUUCAUUUAGAUUUGGUGAUAUAGAAUUGUUUAAAGAAGUUUCAAGAUCAACUAUUUGUUCAACUAUUCGAAAUGUAAUUUUUGAAGAUAAAUCAUUUGUUGGAAAUAUACCAAUUCUCUUUCAAUUUCAAAAUAAAAAAGAAAAUCAAAUUCAAUUCAUUAAAGACAUUUGCAAAUAUCUUAAUAUUGUAACACUCCAAAAGAAAUAUGGAGAUAAUCAUAUUUACAUUUUCUUUGAACAAGUUUUAUUAUAUGAUGAUUUAGAAUUGAUAGAAUUAGCAUAUGAUCAAUUAAAUAAACCAAUGUUAAAAAUUGAACAUAAAAAUGAAAUAGGAAUCGGAGUUUCAACCAGUGUUGGUGGUAAUCCAAGUUUUCAUACUGAAUUUCAUUUUAUUAGAUCAGAAAAAGUAUUGGAAUUUGUUUUUAAUAAUUGUUUAAAAAAUAAUAGUAAAGUAUUGCCAAUUACAGCAUUUAUUUAUAAUUGUAGAUUGGAUUUAGUUGAAAAGUAUAAAUCAUUAUUAUUAUCAGUACCAACAGCACCACCAUCGCCAUUGCUUAAAAGAGAUAUAGUUUUCAAAGUACCACUCCCACCAAAAUUAAAUACUUGCCAAUUCAAUUCAAUGGGUUUAGUAUUGAAAACAUUUAUAGAUUAUCUUCAAUCACCUCUAUCAAAAGGUUGUGGUGAUAGUAAAGGUGUUGUUUUCACAAAUUCUCAUAUAGUUAGCUAUAAAGGCGUCAAUUCAGUAUUGGAUUUUACCUAUCUUUACUCUAUAACUCUAGAUAGAAAUUCUGGCAAUAAUAGACCCUAUCUACCAAACAGAGACUGUCCAAAUUAUUAUUUUGUAAUUGCAGUUCAAAGAUGGUUAUUCUACAACAGAAAUGCUUUACCAAAUAGUUAUCAUUUCAGUCCACUCUCUUUUGAUGAAAAAUAUUAUUAUUUUGGUAUUGGUUAUUCUCAUGCUUCAAAAAAAUCAAAAGAAAUUUUCAAUACUAUUGAAGAUACUGAAUGUAAAGGUUUCAUUAAUGAUUUUAUUAAAUUAGGUUUACCAAAUUUUCAUUCGGCUACAACUGAAACAACAACACCAACAACACCAACAACAACACCAACAACACCAACAAAAAAAACAACAACAACCAUAACUGGUAACAAUCCAGAUGUAAUUUUAAAUAAUGGCGAUAAAAUUUGUUUUGCAAAUUAUCUUAGAGGUUUAUUGGAAAAAGAAGCAACAAAGGGUCAUAUUAGAUUAUUUAAAGCUUUGGUUGAUAAUGGUUAUAAAUCAAUAUUUUCAAAAAGAUCAAAUGAUUCAAAAAGUAUUUUCGAUCAAAUUCAAUUACGUGAAAUACUCUAUCGUGCUUUAAGUAAUAACCAUUUACAAUUAUCUCUUUAUCUUUUAGAGGAUUGUAAUAUUUCAAUCACUAAUACCCAAUUUUAUUCAAAUGUUUCUAAAAGAUCUGCAACUUUUUAUGCUUUAAAAGAUUUAUUUAAAAAUAAUGAAAUAAUUUAA